CUUUUAGUGUUCACUGACAGCGAAUGUUGGAAUCGCUGCUCGUUAAAACGUCUGUGCGAUGAAGUGUCAGCCCUACUAGGUGCGUUCUGUGAUAUGAUUCUACCACUUAUCGACUAUCGCUCUUGAGAUUGUGAAUUUGAGCGUGAUGUGAAGGCCUAGAGAGAACAGCCGGUGGUAUAAUGGGCCACUCAAGAACCCUCCGACAGCUGCGGACGCUGUCCGAGUCAGUGGUGCGGCCACGGGUCAAGGAGGUGAAGCGGUCAGUGUGUAGCUGUGAGUUCGUCCUCUCGGCCCUGAAAACUCUCAUCCUCAUCAUCCUGUAUUACAGCUUCUCCAUUGGUCUCACCUUCUAUAACCAGAGAUUUAUACAUCACUUUACCUUUCCUCUCUCCAUCACUAUGACCCACCUGGUGGUGAAGUUCAUGUUGGCGGGAGUAGUCCGUGUGCUGUUAGAAUGUAAAUCAAAGACAGAGAGAGUCACGCUACCCUGGGGAGAAUAUAUUAAGAAAAUAGCUCCCACUGGUAUAGUCAGCGCCCUGGAUAUUGGGUUGUCUAACUGGAGCUGGGAGUUCAUCACAGUAUCACUCUACACAAUGACCAAGUCUUCAGCUGUACUCUUCAUUUUAUUUUUUGCGAUUGUUCUUCGCCUUGAAAAAUUUCGUUUUUCCCUUGUGUUCGUGGUUGCGUUCAUCUCAGUGGGCCUCUUCCUGUUCACUUAUCAGUCCACACAGUUCAACCUGGAGGGGUUUCUUAUGGUGAUCUCUGCCUCUCUGCUGUCAGGACUGCGCUGGACAUUGGCCCAAAUGGUCACUCAGAAAAAGGAACUUGGAUUAAGCAACCCCCUUGACAUGAUCUAUCACGUCCAGCCAUGGAUGAUCCUAGGACUCUUCCCGCUCUCUGUGGGGUUUGAAGGGUUACACAUAGCAACGAGUGGCGAGGUGUUUAACUAUCGUGACAACGUGACAUUAAUUGCUAACCUGGGGCUGCUCCUGGCUGGUGCAGUGCUAGCCUUCUUCCUGGAAUUCAGUGAAUUCCUGCUGGUCGCUCAGACAUCUAGUCUUACUCUGUCCAUCUCAGGCAUAUUCAAGGAAAUCUGUACCCUGUAUCUGGCGUUUGAGUUUAAUGGAGACAAGAUGUCCAGUAUAAAUGGGAUAGGGCUUGUGAUAUGUUUGCUCGGUAUUGCCAUCCACGUCAUUAUAAAAGCGGUCUAUGGACAAAACGAAAACAAAGCACGUGUGGAGCGGCUGGAUGCAUCCAUGGAAAUGUUGAUAAAGAACGGUGAAGCGAACGCGGCCACUGAAGACGAAGACGAGGUGGACUUAUUUAAUAUCAAGAACGACAGAUAGCAUUCCCUCAUCCCUUGAACCAUGACUGGUGAAUAAGAAGAUUUUGGGUGCGACUGCUGUAUCAACUUUUAAACUUAAUUGAUUUAAACUAAAGUCCAUGAGGCUUAAUUGAUGAGGCGUGAUCUGGCUAUGUAUCUUGCUGGUGCACAGUACAUGACUGGGAUGUAUUUGAGACUUGGUCAAUGUCAUGGUCUGUACAAGUUAAGCUUUAUAUAACUGACAGCUUAUAAUGCAUUGUGUCUACAUGUGUGUGUACUCAGCUGACGUUUAGGUUUCCAUAUUAAACUUGGGGUGGGUAAUCAACUUCCUCUUACAAUCAGUAUUCUUAUUUAAGUUUGAAAAAUAAAUGCUGUCAGUAAAUAUUUUUCAUAACAUUCCAAUUUACAAGAAAAUAUGCUAAAUUUUAUAGUGUUCAUUUUUUUUAUUUUAGAGCAUUCAACGGAACUGGAUCAUACAUUUAUUACUGUGCUCCCAGUUAGGGAAUUCCUCAUCGUAUAUAGAAGUAGUUCAUGUGUACUUGAAAAAGAAUUGCGAAACCUCUUCUAUUGCAUGUGUGUAAGGAACUCUUACGUCAUAGUGUGAAAUAUGGGUGCCUGGCGGAGCGUGAAAUAUGCGCGCCUGGCGGAGUGUGGAAUAUGCGCGCCAGGCAGUCAUUUCACAUUCCUCUAUGUGAUUACUUAAGAUGUGGCAUAAGCAUUGGUACCAUAGGGGGAUAUUUGUUUGUUUUUUAUCUUCCAGUCAUUAGAACACACUGUGAUUAACAUUUUAAUUAAAAUAGAUACUAGCGAAAUACAUGUAUAUUAAAUAUCCGAUUCUUACGUAUUAUUCUGUUUUCCUCUUUUUUUUUCUUUUUGUUUUUCCAUUUUCAAGUUUGCUCAAAUUUUUAAAUAUCUUGUUAUUCUCCACUUGUCUGCUGCAUUUCUGCACCA